GUUUCUUCGAUUGACAGCGCGAACGUCGAUGGGUUUUGUUUUUCGGAACGAUCCAUGUGGCGUUGCUUGUGUAGUUGUAACGUUUCUUCUCGUUUUGUAUGCCGAUUUUGUGGUUGUAAAAGUUUUAGUUCCUUCCUACGAGACCAGUUCUUGGUCGACUGUACAUUCUCUCGUGUUUAAUAUAAUCGUAGUGCUUAUUAUUAUAUCUCAUGUAAGAGCCGUAUUGGGCGAUCCAGGUCAAGUUCCUUUGGCUUCGACGAAACUCGACUUUUCGGAAGUCCGCUUGGGCGGUCAAUCGAAGGAUGAUAGUUCGGAUGACUCACUGGUCAAAACCAGUUGGACACUGUGCAGCAAAUGUGAGACAUACAGACCUCCGAGAGCACAUCACUGCAGGACGUGCAGGCGAUGUAUUAGAAAGAUGGACCAUCAUUGCCCAUGGAUCAACAAUUGUGUUGGAGAAUUCAACCAGAAAUACUUCCUUCUGUUUCUGUUGUACACAGGUGUCGGUUGUGCUUACGCGUUUAUCUUAACUAUUGCUUGUUGGAUUACACAAUUCGGUCACAAGCAAGUCGAUUCCUCUUCCUCCAUCGUGUGCUCCAUGUUUCUCAUCAUAGAAUGCGUCCUAUUUUUUCUAUUCGUCAUUCUUAUUGGCUGCGAUCAAAUUCAGGGAAUAUUUGAGGAUUCGACACAAGUAGAGCAGGUGCAGCGGAAGAUGCCGCACAGAAGUCCAAAAUCGAAGAUGGCUCUUCUAACGGAAGUCUUUGGACGUGGACGCAAGUGUCUCUGGCUCUUACCGGUUGCUCCACGUCUAUCCAACUCGACGAGCAGCCACCACUGGGACGCAUAGACAAGACAAGACCACAACUUGAAUGCGUACAAUAGCAGCCAUUCAUGGAGGCAUG